AAGUUCUCUUGAGAUUUCCUUAGCGCCACGCAUCCUCCUUACCCACCACACCAUGCCAUUCUCCUACUUCCACAAAACACUUCUUCCCAAAGCCACUAUUGAAUAGCUCCAAUUUUUUUGCAUAUUUAGCUCUUUUCUUAUACAACCAUUUGAUUCCUCUUCAACAUCUCCAAUGUCUUCCUUAACCCAAAACAAGUUUCUACCAAGCUACCACCACCAAGUAUACACUAACCGCCCACUCCAACACCCAUCUCGCGUGUGUUGCACCACCACAACCACUACCACCUCGAAGUCUAGGCCCAAUGCUAAGCAAUUAGUUAUUGAGCCUGGGCUUCAGCCGCCACCGCCAACGUCAACGGUGGUUAACACCACUAACCGGCCCAUGGACAAUGACCCAGAUUUGCAAUCAACAUGGUCUCACAGGGCAUGGGUUGUAGCUGGGUGCACAACUUUGGUUAUUUCUUUGGGUGAGUCCAUAAAAGGUGCAGUUGAUUUACACAUGUGGGUUGAGCCAAUUUUUGCAGGCUGGGUUGGUUAUAUUUUAGCUGAUCUUGGAUCUGGGGUUUACCAUUGGGCCAUUGAUAAUUAUGGGGAUGGUUCAACCCCAAUUGUUGGAUCCCAAAUUGAGGCUUUCCAAGGACACCAUAAGUGGCCAUGGACCAUAACUAGGCGCCAAUUUGCAAACAACAUGCAUGCACUUGCACGUGCAGUGACCUUCACAGUGCUUCCUAUAGACAUUUUUUGCCAUGACCCUAUAUUUCAAGGGUUUGUUGGGAUGUUCUCUGGUUGCAUUAUGUUUAGCCAGCAGUUUCAUGCAUGGGCACAUGGUACAAAGAGCCGGCUUCCACCACUCGUUGUGGCGUUGCAGGAGGCCGGGGUGUUGGUGUCACGGCCGCAGCACGCCGCGCACCACCGGCCACCGUAUAACAAUAAUUACUGCAUAGUGAGUGGAGUAUGGAAUGAGUUUUUGGAUAAGUAUAAAGUUUUUGAAACUAUGGAGAUGUUAUUGUAUUUUAAACUUGGGGUUAGACCCAGGUCAUGGAGUGAGCCUGCCUCUGAGUGGAUGGAGGAGAUUAAAAUCCCUUCUCAAAUCCAAGCCCAAUGAUCCAUCAUUUUCCUUCUUUUUUAUUGGCAUGGGAUCUAUAGGUCGAGGUCUAGAUUUGAUUGAUGUAAUUAGCUUAUUUUAUGGCUGUUAUCUCCCUGUUUUAUAUCAUAGAAAUAAAAAUUCAAUAGAUUUUCUUUUUGGGUUCAAAAAAUCAUUUAAGAC